AUGAUUACUAGAUCUAAGAGUCAUAUUGCUACUUCCAAAUAUCAAGCUUUAGUGUCAUUAUCCACUAUACUUUCUGAACCCAAAUCUGUAACUGAAGCUUUGCAAACUCCUGAGUGCAAACAUGCCAUGGAGAAUGAAUAUCAAGCAUUGUUGAAAAAUAAAACAUGGGAAUUGGUUCCUUAUGAAGAAGGCAUGAAUGUAGUUGGAAGUAAAUGGGUUUUUAAGACCAAAUUUAAUUCAGAUGUUGUGACUAAUUUGAACAACAAGUUUGCUUUAAAGACUCUUGCUGAGGUCCAAUACUUCCUUGGUUUUGAAGUAAAGAGGAGUAAUUCAGGACUAUUGCUUACCCAAACUAAGUAUGCACAUGAUCUGUUACAAAAGGCUGGUAUACAAGACUGUAAACCAUGCUUAACACCUAUGGCUACAGGCCUGAAACUUGCCGAGGAAGAUGAUGAAAUUUUUUAUCAACCGACACUCUAUAGAAGUAUUAUUGGAGGGCUGCAGUACCUCAUCUUGUCUAGACCAGAUUUGGCUUUUUCUAUCAAUAAAUUAAGUCAAUUUUUACAGCAUCGUAUAUCAGUUCACUGGACAGCAUGUAAAAGAGUCCUAAGGUAUGUUAAGGGCACUUUGGAGCAUGGCAUUCUGUUUACAGGAGAUAAACUUUUUACUUUAGAAGCUUUUUCAUAUGCAGAUUGGGCUAGAGAUGUGACUGAUCAUAGGUCAACCAGCAGCUAUAGUGUAUUUCUCGGUGGAAACUUGAUUCAAUGGUCUUCUAGAAAAUCGAAGGUGGUGUCUUUCACUUCUACUGAGGUAGAGUAUAUGUAA